AUGGAGGCGACAAGGGACGGCAAGAUCGUGGAUGGCCGGAUAGCACUGUCCACAGCUCUUUGGGACACUAGCUUAGAAAUGCCCGGUCGUCAGGAUGCUACUGAAGUCGAUGCACGGGAUGCCAACACGCCGGACAAGUGGGUUAAGCGUCAUCCGGACAUGCUGCGCAACACUGGUAUGCAUCCUUUCAACUCGGAGCCACCUCUCAAGAACUUGCAGGCAGCGGGUUGGAUUACACCCCCUGCUUUGUAUGUGGUUCGAAACCAUGGAGCAGUGCCACAGCUCUCCUGGUCCGAGCAUCGGCUGAAGAUCACAGGAGUCCCAAAGCCGGUGGAGCUAAGCAUGGAGCAAAUCACGUCUGGUGAAUGGGGCACCAUUGUGUCAAUCCCAGUGACCUUUAUCUGUGCCGGAAAUCGGCGCAAGGAGCAGAACCUCACCAAGAAGACGGUCGGAUUCGAUUGGGGAGCCGGUGCCGUUGGAAACUCCGUGUGGACAGGAAUCCGCCUGUGCGACUUGUUGGCCGCGGUUGGCAUUACACGGCCUUCGAAAGAGCAUCGCUUCGUCCAUUUCGAAGGUCCUCUGGGCGAGUUGCCCCAAGGGAAAACGGGAUCCUAUGGCACUUCCAUUGAUUUGGGCUGGGCGCUGGACAGGGAGCGAGAUGUGCUGCUGGCUUUCAAACAGAACGGAGAGCAACUUACCCCGGACCAUGGCUUUCCUCUGCGAACGCUGUUGCCGGGUUGCAUCGGUGUAGACCUUCCUUGGCCACUCUUCGCCAAUCUGAAGGAUCUCUCCGGAAGUCGUAGAUUUCGGUCGAUUCCUUCCCAACCGAUCGACGGAGUCCUCUCACAGCUCUUCACUUCAUGUCACUUCCACUUGGCAAUAUGCUUGCACACUGGACACAUACUUCAUCGUGUUCGCCUACGCAAAUGGUCUGCUCCUCUGAAAGCUGAGCUGAUUACGCUCACAACGGCCCUUGAGACUGAGCGCUUGAAGACUCGUCUCGCAUGCUUUACUCGCCUCCUAGUCUCGGGAUACGGCUACACUGGUGGAGGUCACAAGAUCAUCCGAGCAGAGAUCUCUUUGGAUUCGGGCAAGUCUUGGGAGAUCACUGAGCUCCAAAGGCCGGAAGAUGAGAUCGCAGAAGCACGAGGAACUGACAAGCACUGGUGCUGGGCUUGGUGGGAAACGGAGGUUGACAUGAGUCGUCUCUUGGAUAGUGCCUGCGAAGAGAUUUGCUGCCGCGCUUGGGAUUCCAACCAGAAUUGUCAGCCUGUGCAACUCACUUGGACAGUUAUGGGCAUGUUGAACAACCCCAUUUAUCGCAUCAAGAUCCACCGGGAAGGCAGCAGGAUGUGGUUCGAGCACCCAACUCAGGGCUCCAUGCCAGGCGGCUGGAUGACUGAUCAGGCAGGUCAGUUCAACGAAAGCUUUGCAGUGGAGGCAACACCGGGGAAGACUGGCGUGGCUCCCUUGCGGCCAGUGGCUGCAGUGUGGAAGGGUGCCAAGAUAGACUCCGUGAGUGCUGCGGGUGCCAGUUCUGCCAGCCAAGCUGCGGCCAUCCAGCCUACCAAGGCCGGCAAGUUGGUGAAGUCCACGGAGGAAUGGCUUGCAGGAAUCAGCAUGGAG